AUGAGUUCACGUCGAGAUCUCGAGAAAGGGAUAAUUGAAGAGGAGGAAAAGGAACAAGAACCAGAACAAGAAACUGGAACCACAACAGAAUCCAUCGCAUCCCAAUCCGAUAAUUCUAGAAAUCCUUCACAUGAAAAUGAUGCAGCUUCAAAUGCCUCGAUCAAAUACCCCGACUCGAAUCAUGAAGAAGCCGAAGCAAUGGAUCAAGGUCAGACUGAUCUCGCAAGGCAGAAGACACAUACAGAACCUAGAAAAGUUAAAUCAUCUACUCGUCGCGCGCAUACAAAUUCGCAAGCAAACGAUAUAACCAGCACAGCCUCGAAAUCCUCUGGUGGUCCUAGAAUCUCCCGCAUAACUCAUCGAACGACCACUCCUCGCGCCAAACUUCCACCUAGACCUCUUCCUGUCUCGAAUCUCGCGAUUGGUAUUGUUGGGUGGGAUAGUCAGACAGACCCUGAGAUGCCUUUGAACUUUCCAGAAUCGAAGAAAUGGGUGCUGACGGGAUUACUGGCUAGUAUUACAUUCAUAUCCCCGCUCGCUUCCAGUUGUGCAUUGGCGCCUAGCUUGGCGACAUUGAUAGGAUUUCGAUUUAUGGCUGGAUUAGGUGGUUCUGGCUGUUUAACUAUCGGUGCUGGUAUGAUUGCGGAUCUAUUUCAUGCGGAUAGAAGAGGGUUGGCCACUUCGCUUUUCAGCCUGGGACCUCUGUUUGGUCCUGUUAUUGGUCCAAUCGCUGGAGCCCAAAGAAUUGGCUGGCGUUGGGUGUUCUGGAUUCUUUUUAUUGCCGGCACUCUCAUAACCAUCGGCAUUGAAUGCUUGAAUGUGGAAACUAACCCACGACUUCUUAUAAAACGAAAAGUUGCGCGACUCUCCAAAGAGCUUAAUCGAUCAGAUCUACGCAGCGUUUACGACCCCAGAAACUCAGCACAUCAUUCCAAAUCUUCGGUUCUAGCAAAUGCUAUGAUUCGACCUCUCAAGAUGUUAAUGUUUAGUCCCAUAGUGUUAAUCUUGAGUCUAUAUAUGGCGCUUGUUUAUGGACUUUUGUAUUUACUAUUCACUACUAUUACGACGGUGUUUACUACCAGGUAUCAUUGGGCGCCAGAAUUCUGUGGAUUAGCCUACAUCGGUUUGGGACUAGGUUUCUUCCUCGGUCUCGUAGUAGUCGCUCGCAUCUCAGAUGUCACCGUGGUCAGCAUGACUAAAGCAAAUAAUGGGAUUUUCGAACCUGAGAUGAGGUUGCCUGCUUGUAUAUUUUUUGCUUGCUUUAUACCUAUUAGUCUCUUCUGGUAUGGCUGGAGUAUUCAUGCUGGUGUUCACUGGAUCAUUCCUAUAAUUGGCCUCAUCCCUUUCGGUUUCGGCAUGAUGGGUAUCUUUAUCCCAAUCCAAACAUACGUCAUCGAUUCUUUUCCCUCUUACGCAGCAUCAGGUAUAGCAGCUCUUACAGUAUGCCGAAGUCUUUUUGGAGCGUUCUUACCAUUAGCUGGACCCGCCAUGUAUCAGGCGCUAGGCUAUGGAUGGGGAAAUAGUGUGCUGGGAUUUAUUGCACUAGCACUUAUUCCGGCACCGAUGGUCAUUUAUAAGUUUGGUGGAAGAGUGAGAAAGAGAUUUCCAGUUAAGCUUUAA